AUAUAAAUCUACUCGGCACAUUCAUUUAUAAUCUCACUGAUCCACACAUAGCCUACAACAAGCAAAGAAAAGACCAUCAAGAGCAAAAGGACAAUGAAGACUGUUGCAGCUUUUGUUUUUCUGGCCUGUCUGGUGGCUGUAGGAGUGAAUGGGCAGGACAGGUCUUCCAGGGGCAGAUGUCUCUGUGCUGAUAAAGGAGUUAAUAUGGUUUUAGUAAAGAACAUUCAGAAGGUUGAAAUCAUUCCUCCAAGUCCAUCUUGUUCAAAACAGGAGAUUAUUGUUACUCUAAAAAAUGGGGCACGGAAAUGCAUGAAUCCAGAGUCUAAAUUCACUAAAAAUAUCAUCAAGUCUCUUGCAAAACGGAGCCAACAGUAGGAGAUUUCAUGCUUCAUCGAUUCAUACACUGUUUGUGGAUGAAGAAACUCUUGUUUAAAUAUAUUAUUUAUAUGAAAAUAUUUUUUAAGCUGAUUAAUUUAUUCAUCUGGCCAUAAAACAGCCUUUGCUUAUUUGUAAUAUUUGUUUUGGUUCAUAUUUGUUUACAAGAAUACUAAACAAUGUGUCAUAUGUACAGUCUUUUUUACCAUUUGAUGUAUGAUUGUAGUUUGUCUAUUUUAUAUUGUCCCUAUGAUACACAAAAACUGUCAAAUAAAGCUUUUUAUCUAAAUGAAAAUU